AUGUGUUUACUCUUUCAGGAAGAAAAAAAUAUAAGGUGGGCAUCAAGGUGGGAUUAUAUUUUGGAAUCCAUGCCUCACACUCACAUUCAAUGGUUUAGUAUUAUGAAUUCCUUGGUGAUUGUCCUCUUUCUGUCUGGAAUGGUAGCUAUGAUUAUGUUGAGGACACUGCAUAAAGACAUUGCGAGAUACAAUCAGAUGGAUUCCACAGAAGAUGCUCAAGAAGAAUUUGGCUGGAAGCUGGUUCAUGGUGAUAUUUUCAGGCCCCCAAGAAAAGGAAUGCUGUUGUCUGUUUUUCUAGGCUCUGGCACACAGAUCUUAAUAAUGACUUUUGUAACCCUGUUUUUUGCUUGCCUGGGAUUUUUGUCACCUGCUAACCGGGGAGCUCUAAUGACCUGUGCUGUAGUUUUGUGGGUACUGCUUGGAACUCCAGCCGGUUAUGUUGCUGCCAGAUUCUACAAAUCAUUUGGAGGUGAGAAAUGGAAAACGAAUGUCCUGCUGACAUCAUUCCUUUGUCCUGGAAUUGUAUUUGCAGAUUUUUUUAUCAUGAACCUCAUUCUCUGGGGAGAAGGCUCUUCAGCAGCUAUUCCGUUCGGUACUUUGGUUGCUAUUUUGGCACUCUGGUUUUGCAUAUCUGUACCGCUGACGUUUAUUGGUGCCUAUUUUGGUUUUAAGAAAAACGCUAUUGAACACCCUGUUCGCACAAAUCAAAUUCCUCGUCAGAUUCCCGAGCAAUCAUUCUAUACAAAGCCGUUACCUGGCAUUAUCAUGGGAGGGAUUCUGCCUUUUGGAUGUAUCUUUAUACAGUUGUUCUUUAUUCUCAAUAGUAUUUGGUCUCACCAGAUGUAUUACAUGUUUGGCUUCCUGUUUCUGGUAUUCAUUAUUUUGGUUAUUACAUGUUCUGAGGCCACAAUAUUGCUCUGCUACUUCCAUCUAUGUGCAGAGGACUAUCACUGGCAGUGGCGUUCAUUUCUCACUAGUGGUUUCACUGCAGUUUAUUUCCUGAUAUAUGCAAUACAUUAUUUUUUUUCUAAACUGCAAAUCACAGGAACAGCUAGCACCAUUUUAUAUUUUGGUUAUACCAUGAUUAUGGUUUUGAUCUUCUUCCUUUUCACAGGGACAAUUGGAUUCUUUGCAUGCUUUUGGUUUGUAACCAAAAUAUACAGCGUGGUGAAAGUUGACUGAAGAAACCAAUGUAAAGAAUUAACACAGAAGAGGUUUAAUCUUCAUUAAUGUAACUUAAAGACCUGGUCUAGUUGACGAACUUGAGCUUUAUCAGAAGUAUUGGCUUCCUAUUCUUUGAGAAUGAUACUGAAUAUGCAGCUACUUUUUCCACUAACACAUUUGUAUUGUGACUUAACCUGUUUUCAUUCAGAUCGCAAUGAAGAUCAGAGUUACAAUAUUUAUGCAUUUGUAAAUACAACUAUACUUUAAAGGAAAUGUUAAAUUCUAAUGGCAGAGUAGAAGUGGCUGUAUUACACAACUUAAUGAUACUUCUGAUCAAAGUACAACUGUAAAUAGGUUUUUCUAGCUUGGUAGGUGGGAUGAAUUAUUUUUCUUUGAGGGAAAUGAGAACUUUUUAUUAUGCUAACUUUGAAGGAUGACUCUCAAGUGUUGCUUUUAGUUUGGAUGUGAUUUUUAUUUUUUACUGGUGUUACGUCCAUAAAUACUCUGAUUUCUGUGACUUCAUUAGUUUGGUGUUCUUGGCCUUUUAAACUAUGUGCCUCCGAGUCCUUGAAUUUAUAAAUUCAUAAUCUAAUAAAUAUUGUAAAAAUGUCUUCAGUGGCUUAUUACAUAUUAUAAGUUCAUAAAAAAAUGUAAAUACAAUUAUAAUGAAGAUGGAUGCUUAAAGAUUGCAUAGAGUAUUUUAUGGCAUUUUCUAUGGUUUAAUGUAUAUUGACACACGCCAAGAUCUGCAAGAAAUGUUACUUGUGCUACAUGGCUAUAACACAGAAAUGUGAUUGUGGCGCAUGAGAAUUAAAUUAUACACUCAUUUAACAAAACCACUCUGCAGCAUUAAUCCAGUCCUUCACCCAGAUACGUUUUCAGAGAUUGCUAUGGAAUUGUCAGUAUGUUGACAAGAUCUUAUAAUGCAUGAGUCAGCAUUCUCUGCUGAUCUUGCUUUUAGAUCUCGAUGAUGCAUAUUCUAUACGGCAACUAUGGCUGAUUGUAUGUAUGUAGGUUAAAAAAUAAAAGAAAAUUACUAUUUUUGCCUUAUAUUAAGAGACUAAUGUCGAUUUUGGAUGACUAGCAUUAAACCUACGUUUGCGUUUUUUUUGAAAA